CCCCUUCCGCCUUCGGGCCUGCCCACCCGCCCGGCGCCGCCUCCUCCUCCCUCGAGCGCGGCUCCGGCAUGGCGGCGGCGGGUCCGGGCGCACUGGACGCCCGGGAAGCGGCCGAGGCGGCCCACGUGUUCUCGCUGCCUGCCGAGGCCUUCGGGAACGACCCGCGGCUGGAGGCGGCUUGGGCCGAGCGCGCCCUCCAGCACGCCCACGUCUACUUCCACCUGCUUUCGGCCGCUGACCCUGCGGGGCUGAGGCUCACCCGGGCCGACGACCGUAUCUACGCGGCCUUCCGGCGGAGCUUCCCCGACCUGCGCGUCGACCUGCUGGACGUGGAGUCGCUCAAGUCGGAGCCAGCCAAAGAGAAGUGGCGCCCCUUCUGCCUGCAGUUCGAGGGGGCGGUGGAGGACUUCAACCUCGGGACUCUCCUGCGCCUCGACUGCCGCCGCGGCUACUCGGAGGAGAACUCCGUGCUGGCGCCGCGCAUCCAGUUCUUGGCCAUCGAGAUCGCGCGCAACCGCGAGGGCUGCAACGGCGCCGUCUACCGCCGCGCGGGCGCUCCAGAAGCCGGGCCCGACCCGUCCGGCGCCCGCUGAGAGACUGGCCGGACCGGACGCGAGUCGUGCAAGCGAGGAGGCGGGGGGGAGAGGCUGGGGGCUCCUCGGAGGGCGAGAGAUGGGCCGUUUUGGGGAGCUGCCCCUGCGCCGCCUUCCUCCCCCGAGGGCGCCGGGAGGGCCGCCCGUCUUCUGGCUCAGCCACCGACGUUUUGCCUUCCGCUUUGUAUGCCGGACUUCAGCAGAAGGUCCGUCUACAUCUUGCCUUGUAAACAGUGAGUUCCGAGA